AUGAAUGCCUCCAGCGUGCUCUGCCAUCAGUUGAACUGUGGGAGAGCUGUGGCUGUUGUAGGGGCAGAGUGGUUUGGUGAGGGGAGUGGAAGCAUCUGGCCUGAUGUGUUUGUGUGUGAGGGGAAUGAAACUGGCCUCUCAGAAUGUGGAAUCUCCUGGUGGAGUCGAGCUGCAUGCUCCCAUAGACAGGAUGCUGGAGUGAUCUGCUCAGGCCAUCAGCCAGUUAGGUUGGUGGGAUCUGGAGGAGAUUGCGCCGGCCGGCUGGAGGUGUCACACAACGGCUCGUGGGGGACUGUGUGCGAUGACUCCUGGGACAUGGAGGAUGCCCAGGUAGUGUGCAGACAGCUGCAGUGUGGCACCGCCCUCGGGGCUGAGGUACCUGCAUCCUUUCAUCCAGGAGACGUGCCCAUCUGGCUGAGCGAGGUGGGCUGCGCAGGUGACGAGACGAGCCUGUGGGAGUGUCCCUCAGCAGGGUGGGGACGCCAUGACUGCUCACACAAAGAGGAUGUGUGGGUCACGUGCUCAGAGUUCAUUCAGCUGAGACAAAACACAGAUGAUUAUGGACCGUGCAAAGGUGUUAUAGAGGUCUAUUACAGUGGCACCUGGGGGAAAAUAUGCUUCAAUGACAUGGACAAAGACACAGGCUCAGUGAUUUGCCAACAGUUAGGCUGUGGAGGUUUUAAAAAGGUUGCAAAGCCCUUUGCAGUGGAGUCAACUAAAGGCCAGCGACUGAGCCCUCCCCGGUGUAGGAAGCAUGAUACACACCUUGAGCAGUGUAAACCUUUUCAGUGGGGACAAUCCUGCAAGGAGGUUGCUGAACUUCAUUGUACAGGUGCUCCAGGGCUGAGGCUGGUGGGGGGUCUCACUCACUGCUCGGGGAGGGUGGAGGUGCUCCUGCAGGGAAAGUGGGGGACGGUGUGUGACGACUCCUGGGACGAGAAGGACGCCCAGGUGGUCUGCAGGCAGCUGGACUGUGGGGAGCCUGUGGAUGUAGGGAGGAGCAGGGCAAAUUUGGGAGGGGAAACGGCACCAUCUGGCUGGACGAGGUGA